UGGUGAUUAAUAAAAUAUUUCUUGAAAAAUUGCAAAUUAAUUAAAUAAAAAACAGAAAUUUUUCUUUCAAAAUAAAGACAAGUGCUUUUAUUAGUUAUAGCACUUCGUUUUAAACAAAUUGUGAUAAAAUCGCUAAAGAAAGUUCUCGUUUUCAUAAUCCAUUAAACAAGGGGUGCAGUAAAGUGCGUGAAAAAAUUAAGUUUGCAAAAUCUGAGUUUUGCAAUUUUUUAUACGUCAAAAUCGUAAAUGAUAUUUUAAACAAGUGCUAAAGAAAAACCCAAGAAAUUUAAUUAAAAAAUAAAGAAAAAUGGAGGCAUUAAUACCGGUGAUUAAUAAGCUGCAAGAUGUAUUCAAUACAGUUGGCUCGGAUUCCAUACAAUUGCCGCAAAUUGUGGUUUUGGGCAGUCAGAGUUCUGGCAAAAGUUCCGUACUUGAAAGUUUGGUAGGACGUUCAUUUUUGCCCAGAGGAACCGGUAUUGUUACACGCAGACCCCUUAUUUUACAACUUAUAAACUGUCCCUUGGAUGAUCGCACCAAUCGUUCAGCGGAAAAUGGCACGAUGAAUUUAGAAGAAUGGGGUAAAUUCUUACACACCAAAAAGACAUUUACUGAUUUUAAUCAAAUACGCACGGAAAUCGAAGAAGAAACAGAUCGUAUUGCCGGCAGCAAUAAGGGCAUCUGUUCGGAUGCGAUCAAUUUGAAAAUAUUCUCCACACGUGUGGUAAAUCUAACUCUGGUCGAUUUGCCGGGUAUAACGAAAGUGCCGGUUGGCGACCAACCCGAAGAUAUUGAACAACAGAUCAAAGAGUUGGUCUUGAAAUACAUUGAAAAUCCCAAUUCCAUAAUAUUGGCGGUAACAGCGGCUAACACCGAUAUGGCAACUAGUGAAGCCUUAAAAUUGGCCAAAGAUGUAGAUCCAGAUGGUCGUCGUACUUUGGCCGUAGUCACCAAAUUGGAUCUUAUGGAUGCUGGCACAGAUGCCAUUGAUAUUUUGUGCGGUCGUGUUAUACCUGUUAAACUUGGUAUUAUUGGUGUGAUGAAUCGUUCGCAACAGGACAUCAAAGACAACAAAGAUAUAGAGGAACAAUUAAAAGAUGAAGCUGCUUUUCUACAACGCAAAUACCCCACAUUGGCCACACGCAAUGGCACUCCCUAUUUGGCUAAAACUCUUAAUCGUCUUCUAAUGCAUCACAUUAGGGAUUGUCUGCCCGACCUCAAGACACGUGUCAAUGUCAUGUCCUCACAAUUCCAAUCGCUAUUGCAUUCAUACGGCGAAGAUGUUUUGGAUACAAGUCAAACUCUUUUACAAAUCAUAACAAAAUUUGCCAGCGCCUAUUGUUCCACAAUUGAGGGCACAGCACGUAAUAUUGAGACCACAGAGCUGUGUGGUGGUGCCCGCAUAUGUUAUAUUUUCCAUGAAACCUUUGGACGCACACUUGAUUCCAUACAUCCCCUAUCGGGUCUUAGUAAAAUGGACAUACUAACGGCCAUACGAAAUGCCACGGGUCCCAGACCGGCCCUGUUUGUACCAGAAGUCUCAUUUGAAUUGCUAGUCAAAAGACAAAUACGUAGAUUAGAGGAACCCUCAUUGCGCUGUGUUGAAUUGAUACACGAGGAAAUGCAGCGCAUUGUGCAACAUUGUGGCAAUGAAGUGCAACAGGAAAUGUUGAGAUUCCCCAAAUUACAUGAGAAAAUUGUGGAUGUUGUAACCACUCUGUUGCGUCGUCGCUUACCAGCCACAAAUGUCAUGGUGGAGAAUUUAGUGGCCAUUGAGUUGGCCUAUAUCAACACCAAACAUCCAGAUUUUCAUAAAGAUGCCGCCUUAGUGCCUAGUCUCUUAAAGGCCGAUAACAUCAUGGAUCCCUAUGGACAUCAGCAACAACAACAACAACACAGACGUUCGAAUACGCCCAGAGCUGUAAACUCCUCACCCCAAGUGAUGGCACAACAACAGUAUAUGCAACAACAACAACAGCAGCAACAAAGAGAACAACAACAACAGCAGCAGCAACAAAAUGACUUGGAACAAAAUCAUGUUAACGAUAAUUCCGCACCCUCACAUCCCAAUAACUGGCUCUCGAAUAUUUUACCACCAGCCCACACUAAUAAUCGUAUUGAAAGUAUUGAAAACUCAAAUCAAAAUACUCCCCUACACAAUGCUAUGGUCAGUCCGAUUAAACCGGUUAAUCUAUUACCCGAUUUGCCGGCCCAUCAAAACUCAAGACGUUUAACUGAUAAGGAACAAAAGGAUUGUGAUGUUAUUGAACGUUUGAUCAAAUCGUAUUUCUAUAUUGUACGAAAAUCCAUACAAGAUUCUGUACCAAAGGCCAUCAUGCAUUUUCUAGUUAAUUAUGUUAAGGAUAAUUUACAAAGUGAAUUAGUAACACAUUUGUAUAAAUCAGAAAGAGUCGAUACUUUACUCAAUGAAUCGGAUCACAUAGCGAUACGCAGAAGAGAAGCCGGUGAUAUGUUAAAGGCUUUAACUCGUGCUAAUCACAUUAUUAGUGAAAUACGUGAGACCCAUAUGUGGUAAAAAAAAUUUGUACGCAUUCACUCGUAGAAUUUCAUAAUAAAUAUCAUCAAAUAAACUAUACUACUUCUACCAACUGCAACUAUUAAUUGUUCGGGAGUUAAAAUAUAUUGACCUGGAGUACAGAGGACUUAUAAUGUUGUCAUUGUUGUUCUAUUCUUAUUUUAAACUUGUCUUUACAUUUAAAUAGAAACUUUGAAACGUUGACGUUUAGUUUCUUAUACGUUUUAUUUUUCUUGCUUUCUUGCUUUUCUUUUAAUUUCUUUGUUCAUUUCAAUUAUUUUUUUAUUUAUAAAAAAAAACACAUAAACUUGUUUAUUUCAUUAAAUUAAAACUUCAUUUAUACUCUUCAAACAAUUUAUGUUGAAAACAAAACAAAAAAAUACUUGUUUCUUUAAUUUUAGUCUUUUUUUGUAUUGUUGCCUUAUGUAGUUACUGGUCUGUCGAUAAAAUACUGUAUUGAAAUUAAACUAUAAAAAUUAUUUAAAAAAACACACACAGAAAACACUGCAUACUAGACAAGGUUUUGCUAAAAUAAAAAUAUCAUAAAACAGAAUUAAAGUUAGA